AUGCAUCCGGAUAAGUCUCCCGGUCCAGACGGAUUUAACCCAGCUUUCUAUCAGAAAUUUUGGCAUCUCUGUGGGGAUGAUAUUUGGGUGGCAGCGAAGAACUGGUUAGACAGAGGGUUUUUUCCUGACUCUCUAAAUGAAACAAACAUAUGUCUUAUCCCCAAGUGUACUAACCCUCAUACCAUGAAGGAUCUCCGGCCUAUCUCACAGUGUAAUGUGAUAUAUAAGCUGGUCUCAAAAUUACUAGCUAAUAGAUUGGAACUCUGUUUGGGUAAAUGCGUAUCGGAAGAGCAGUCCGCUUUCGUGAAAGGUCGUUCCAUUCUUGAUAACGCUCUAAUUUCUAUUGAGGUCAUUCAUUCCCUUAAGAGGAGAACAACGGGGAACAAAGCUCAUUUGGCUUUGAAGAUUGAUAUUAGUAAGGCGUAUGAUAGGGUGGAUUGGGUUUUUUUGAGGGAUAUGCUCAGAAGGAUGGGGUUUGCUGAAAAAUGGAUCCAUUGGAUGAUGAUAUGUGUUUCGUCAGUGAACUACUCAAUUUUGGUUAAUUCAGAAAGUGUUGGACCUAUUCUACCAGGAAGAGGAUUGAGACAAGGAGACCCACUGUCUCCAUUUCUAUUCAUUCUUAUAACAGAAGGCCUUUCAGCUCUCAUAAAAGGAGCAAUUGCCCGUGGUGAUAUUCAUGGUAUCCAAAUUUGCAGAGGGGCACCAAGUGUGUCCCAUCUGUUUUUUGCUGACGAUUGUUUUUUGUUUUGCAGGGCUAAUGUAUUAGAGGUGACACAUCUUAUGGAGCUUCUCAAGGUCUAUUCCCUUGCUUCGGGACAAGAGAUAAAUCUUUCAAAAUCAGAAGUUUUCUUUAGUCGUAACAUUAGCAUUCUGGCUCAGGAAGAUAUUGCGAGGAUUAUUGGUGUCCGUCUGGUGUUGGGUACAAGCACUUACCUGGGGCUCCCUUCUAUAUAG